CACACAGAGAGAGAGUGCACCGAGAGUUCAAGAGCGCAAGAGUGCGUUUGACUACAAUUAAGGGGAGUGGAAAAACUUUGGGGAAGUUUUAAGUUUAUCCAUCCAUUUCCUUUUGGUCUGGACGACGUCGCGCAAGUGUCCGUGCUGAAGAUUACUUUUGUCUGAACGUCAGGCAAUUAGGGAUAGUGACGCUUCUGCCCUCUGCGUGGGCAUGUGUUGCAUGUGAGAAGAGACGGAGUUAAAUGCGCAGGGUUGCAGAAAAGGAUAGAGUGAAAACGGAACAAGACCACUCCAGACACCAUGAAGAAAGGGGACUUUGUUAAUCAGAGUUGGAAUGAAGUUGGGGCUCUACACUGCAUGUCUGGCAGUAAUUAUGGCAGCAAAAUGAAGAGGAUUAAGGUACUAUCCCAUCCAGGGUUCACAUUAGUGGGAUUGAUGUUGUUGGCCACCCUGCCUUUUGGAGCAAGCAUCAAACAAACUGUCCCAAGGGUCAAACUCAACUACAAAGAACUGCUGCAAGCCGGCAGUGUAUCUGUGUUUUUGGGCCCCUCCGAUGGCCUCCACUCCCACUCGCUGCUGCUGGAUGAGGAGAGGGGUCGUCUUCUGUUGGGAGCGAGGGAUAACAUCUACCUGCUCGACCCUGACAAUCUGGCCAGAGCCCCAAGAAAGAUUAACUGGCCUGCUCCGAGGGACCGAGUCGAAAUGUGCAAACUGGCAGGAAAAAAUGCAAAUUUGGAGUGUGCUAACUUUGUUAGGGUCCUCCACAGCUACAAUCGAACACAUGUUUAUGGCUGUGGGACAGGCUCCUUCCACCCCACCUGUGCUUUUAUUGAAAUCACUGGCCGCAGAGAGGAUGGCGUGUUCCAACUGCUGUCGAGUACAGUGGAGUCUGGCAGAUUGAAGUGUCCUUUUGAUCCCCUGCAGCCGUUCACCUCGGUCCUCACAGAUCAGUACCUGUAUGCCGGCACAUCAUCAGACUUCCUGGGCAAAGACACAACGUUCACACGCUCCCUCGGCCCUCCACCUGACCAGCACUACAUACGCACUGACAUGUCUGAAGAAUACUGGAUCAAUGAGGCCAAGUUUAUAUCAGCUCAUCCCAUUGCAGACACCUACAAUCCAGAUGAUGAUAAAAUAUACUUCUUCUUCCGCGAGGUUUCGUGGGAAGGCAAUGACAAGAGUAUCCUGUCUCGAGUGGCUCGUGUGUGCAAGGUGAGAUAUUACACAAGAGGGAGGAGGACAGUGCAUAGGCGAGCCAGAAGACAGGAUAUCAAGCAUGGAGACCCAGCCAGCCAGUGCUGGGACACCAAAGACAGUCUUGUUGGGGGACGGGUGGAGGAGAGAGUCCUUUAUGGGGUGCAGAGCAACUCCACCUUCCUCGAGUGUAUCCCCAAAUCUCAACAGGCUCAGAUCCGAUGGUACAUACAGAGACGUGGAUCUGAACGCAGAGAAGAGGUCAGACUGGAUGACCGUGUUGUACACACAGAUCGAGGUCUCCUGAUUCGCUCCCUCCAAACCUCUGAUGCCGGUGUGUACGUAUGCGUUGCUCAAGAGCACACAGACUUCACCCACACUCUCCUCCGUCUCAAGCUUCAACUCGUUACAAAUGGACAACUGGAUGGAAAGCCCAAGCCCAGUGAAGACCCUGCAGUGGAACUACGCCACGGCGUGGAUUCCCGGCAGCACUAUAAAGACUACCUGAGAGUGAUGAGCUCCCCCUUCGGCUCUCUGGAGGAGUACUGUGAUUCACUGUGGCUGGAGAAGAGGCCAACAAGAAUACGGGGACGAGGCUUAGGAGCUGGAAAAUGGAAACAUAUACAGGAAAUGAAGAAGAGCAGGAACAGGAGACAACACAGAGAGAGGGAGGAAGAGCGGGAGCGAGGGAGAGUGGUGAGGACAGCAAAUCAGUGAAGGGCGUGGUAAAAAAAAACAUUCAGGGUUAGUUGUCUAUUCUUGAAAAAGCAGAACGUGACACAGAACAGAUACAUUCAUAAGCAAGCAAAAUCUAAGCUUGUUUAUAUGGUGUGAAAGACCAGUAUUAAUUUCAACGAGCAAAUUUAAUAAGUAUUAAAUGAGCGAAGAGAAGUAGCUGUGUAUACGUCAUUUCUUUCAUCUGCUAACACCUGUUCUGUUGUAGAAAACAUGCUUUUAAAACCGUCAUUCAGACUGAAUGACCACAUUUUUGCAAUGCUAACAACGUUGCUAAGUUAUCUAUCAACUUCUAUUGCAGCCACAGUGAUUAUGGAGAUAAACUGACCAGAUGAAGGAUUGCAACAUUAAUGCCAUUUCCUUCAGUUGCCACUGGCAAAAUAUAUCUCCCAAUCAUACAGACUGAAGCAUAAUGGAGGUGAUCCUUUGACCUUUUCCAAAAUUGCUGAGAUUAGAAAAAAAUAAAAGUAACAGACUUUGCUUUUGGUGAUGACGAUGGAUUAAUGUUGAAAGACUGUAAAUAUUUAUAUACCAUGUACAGGAGAUUUGGCAUGCUGAAUUUAGUCUCAUUACUGAUUGACAUAACUAUGAUAAUCCUGUAUUAUGCUUGAGCUGACAAAAUGUCAUAUUUUUGUACAAACUUUUCACUCGUAUAUACAGUACUGUAGAUUUGAUAGUUUUUCUUAAUUGCUGAAAGUUAUUUAAAUAAAUGUUCUUG